CGUGACUCAUAAGAAGCCGAAAUUCGAUGUGAACCUUGGAACUUUGGAAGCCGACGUCACAACCGCAAUUGUCAUUUCUGAUCCAACAAAUAUUUCAAGUAGCCAGCAGGUUCUCGAUUUACGCACAUUCAUAGCUCUUGAAAGAUACAGCGUACACGAUGCGAUCAAUGCUUUUCAAUUUCCAUUGAAUGCGCAUCCCAGUAAAUUCCUAGAAACGGCCACAAGCUUGUUGAUCGACAAUCUUCGCCCGACCCAAAACCACAGCACAUCGUUGAAACGCACCGAAACCUCCCAUCAUGGCCGAAACUGCAAAGCCCGAAGAUGUAAAGCUUUCCCCCGCGGAGCUGAAGAAAAGAGCGAAAGCCGAAAAACAGGCCCGGAGAGCAGCACAGAAAGAGCAAGAAGGCGGCAAGCCACCUCAGCAGCGUGGACCUCAAAAGCAAGCGGAGUCAGACAACAAGAAGAUCAUCACAGCACAGCAAGACAGCCUACCAAUUCGGAGGCGAGGUUCGCAAGCCGGGGGAGGUAGACCUCAAGUAAAGAAGGACAAUAAAAACGUGGAGCUGUUUGGCCAUCUCAACACACAGGUGCGACGGCAGAGCAACGAAGGCGUAUCGAAAGAUGUACAUCCGUCUAUCCUGGCUCUGGGCGCGCAGAUCAGUAGCUACGAAAUAUGCGGCAGUAGUGCCAGAUGCGUUUCGAUGCUCCUCGCCUUCAAAGACACAAUACAGCAAUACAGCACGCCCUCAGGCACUUCUCUCGCACGACACAUGACAUCGCACCACUUGUCACCACAGAUUGACUACCUGAAAUCAUGCCGGCCAAUAUCUGAAGCAAUGGGAAACGCCAUUCGGUGGCUGAAAAAGCUAAUUGUCGAGAUCGAUCCUUCAUACCCCGAGCAGGAGGCCAAGGAUUACCUCUGCAGCAGCAUCGAUAAAUUCAUCGAGGAACGCAUCACAGUCACAGACCAAGCAAUUGGAGACUCAGCUUGCAAACAGAUCAAAAAUGGAUCCGUCGUGCUAACCUACGGCAAGAGCGCAAUCGUAGAGAAGACGAUCUUGACCGCACACAAGAACGGGACGUCGUUUCGUGUCCUGGUCACAGAUUCACGGCCGCUGUUUGAGGGCAAGGUGCUGGCGACGAGCUUGAUGAAUGCUGGGCUCUCGGUAACAUACUACCCUUUCUCCGGCAUCACUCGCGCUAUGACCGAGGCAACCAUCGUGCUGCUCGGGGCGCACUCCAUGCUUUCGAAUGGCCGGCUGCAAUCUCGAAUUGGAACCGCAAGCGUCGCGAUGGCAGCACAUAAAGUGGAUGUCCCUGUCAUUGUCUUGUGUGAGAGCGUAAAGUUCAGCGGUAAAGUAGCACUGGACAGCAUCGUGUCCAACGAGCUUGCCCCUGCAGAGGAGCUCAUAUUACCGGCCCGUUCAACAGGAGCUACUACAAGCACUGCGCAAAAAGAGGAUGACUCCACGAAACAACAAUCACGAUCACUAAGUGAUUGGAGGGACAUUCCCAACCUCAGGAUCUUGAACUUGAUGUACGACGUGACCCCCGCGGAGUACAUCACCAUGGUUAUUUGUGAAUAUGGAAGCCUGCCGUCUACAUCUGUGCCUGUCGUGCAUCGACUGGUGAACGAAGGAAUGGGGAUCUAA